AUGGCCAAGUCGCUGCCCAAGCCGAUCUUCGCCAGCUUCCUGAAGCAGCGCCGCGGCCGGCAUAACCUGGACAAGCCGACGGCCGAUGCGAUUGCGCAUGCGGUGCGCAUCUGGGCCAUGGAUCGCGGCGCCACGCACUUCACCCACUGGUUCCAGCCGCAGACAGGCACCACCGCCGAGAAGCACGAUGCAUUCUUGAGCCUGGUCACCAACUUUACGCCGGGCGGCGAGGAGACAACUCCCAUUGACCUGUUCUCGGGCAGCCAGCUGCUGCAGUCGGAGCCCGAUGCGUCGUCGUUCCCGUCGGGCGGCAUGCGCACGACAUUCGAGGCUCGUGGAUACACGAUCUGGGAUACGUCGUCGUCGAUGUUUGUGCAGGAUGGCCCCAACGGUACCAGCAUUCUGUACAUCCCGUCGGUAUUCAUCUCGUAUAACGGUGAUGCGCUCGACGAGAAGACCGUGCUGCUGCGCUCCAACGAGGUCCUGUCGCGCGCUGCCUGCGACCUGAUCAACCUGCUGGAGCCCGAGGCCCACGUUAACCACGUCUACACGACGCUGGGAACCGAGCAGGAGUUCUUCCUUGUUGACCGCAACAUGUACUCGCUGCGCCCCGAUCUCAAGAUCACCGGACGCACGCUCGUGGGCCAGCUGCCGCCGCGCCACCAGCAGCUCGAGGACCACUACUUUGGCCGCAUCCCGACGCGUGUCAUGCGCACGAUCAGCGAGCUGGAGCUCGAGUGCCUGCGUCUGGGCGUGCCGAUCAAGACACGCCACAACGAGGUGGCACCGGCGCAGUUCGAGGUGGCUCCGAUCUUCGAGGAGGCGUCGGUCGCGGUGGACCACAACCUGCUGACCAUGGACGUUCUGCACAAGGUCGCGCACCGGCACAACCUGCGCGUGCUGUACCACGAGAAGCCGUACAAGGGCGUCAACGGCUCGGGCAAGCACUGCAACUGGGCCAUUGCCACGGACCGCGGCGAGAACCUGCUGGACCCGACGGUCCGCCCCGAGACCAACUACCGGUUCAUCAUCUUCCUGCUGGCGGUCCUGCGCGGUCUGGAGCAGCACGCGCCGCUGCUGCGCGUGGCCAUCUCGUCGUCGUCCAACGAGCACCGUCUGGGCGCCCAGGAGGCUCCCCCCGGCAUCAUCUCGGCGUUCCUCGGCGACCAGCUGAACGAGGUCCUCGAUGCGAUCGAGCAGAACCGGCCGAUCAAGAACUUUAGCGUUCCGCAGUUCCAGUCGAUCAAGGUCGGCGGCACCGUGCUUGACGUCAAGGUGGCCGGACUUCCGCACAUCGCCCGCGACCUGACCGACCGCAACCGCACGUCGCCGUUCGCCUUCACCGGCAACAAGUUCGAGUUCCGCGCUGUGGGCUCGAAGCAGUCGCCGUCGUUCCCGGUCACGGUGCUGAACUGCGCUGUCACUGCCGCCAUCGGCGAGAUCACGCAGGCGCUCAAGGAGCAGACCGGCGACAAGCCGCGUCCGUCGACCGAGGACAAGCUGGCUGUGAUCCGCAAGUUCAUCAAGCUGACCAAGCCCGUGCGCUUCGAGGGCGACAACUACAGCGAGGAGUGGGUCAAGGAGGCCGAGGCCCGCGGGCUGCCGAACAUCAAGUCGGCGCCCGAGGCGUUCACCUACCUGAAGAAGCCCGAGCACGUCGAGAUGCUGACCAAGACCACCGGCAUCUUCACCGAGAACGAGCUUGACUCGCGCUACUACAUUCUCAACGAGCGCUACGCCAAGGACAUCCUGAUUGAGGCCGAGACCCUGAAGACCAUCAUUGGCCAGCAGGUGCUGCCCGCUGCCUUCGAGUACCGCAAGACCCUGGCCGAGUCGGCUGCUGCCCUCAAGACCGCCGGGGUCGAGACUGCGCCCGAGGUCGACGCGCUGAACGAGCUGGCGCCGCUGGUGUCUGCCCUGCAGAAGGAGUACAAGAAGCUGUCGGACGUGAUUGUCGAGUUCUGCGACGCCCACACCGAGGACGCCAACGUCCACGCCCAGCUGGCCUACAAGAACGUCGUCCCGGUCAUCGCCAGCGUGCGCGACGCCUCGGAUGCCCUCGAGGUCGUCAUUGCCGACAAGUACUGGCCGCUGCCCAAGUACACCGAGCUGCUGCUGACUGUCUAA